UAUCAUCUUCCCUUCUGUUACGGUUCGGCUUCGUUACUUCACAGGAGGUGUAGAGAUUGCACUAGUCGCUUCUUCGGCAACUUUGCUCCUUCGACAGCUUUCCCUUCCUGUCGGAGCGGAAGUUACUACAUUUUGAUCGGAAGCAACGACGGGAGCUCGCUGGCUGUGAAGGAUUUAGGUUAAAUCUUGCUACCGAACAGUCCAUAAAGAUAUACAUAUAUUUUUCGUUUUUAGUGGAAUAAGGAAGAGCGAGAUGCCCCGACCGGAGUUGCAAGCGCCGCCAGAGAUAUUCUACAACGACACCGAGGCUCGCAAGUACACGACUUCCUCCAGAAUCAUUGAAAUCCAGGCUAAGAUUUCGGAGAGAGCACUAGAACUGCUCAAUAUUCCAAACGAUGGAGUUCCACGUCUUUUGCUUGAUAUAGGCUGUGGAUCUGGGCUUAGCGGUGAAACUUUAUCUGAAAAUGAGCACCAUUGGAUUGGCUUUGAUAUCUCUCAAUCGAUGUUAGAUGUUGCGUUGGAGCGGGAAGUAGAAGGUGAUUUACUGCUUGCUGACAUGGGUCAGGGGUUGGGUUUGAGGCCUGGCGUUAUAGAUGGUGCUAUAAGUAUCUCUGCAAUUCAGUGGUUGUGCUAUGCCGACAAGUCCUCUCAUGAACCAAUGGCGAGAUUGAAAGCCUUUUUUGGUUCAUUAUAUCGAUGCUUAACAAGGGGUGCAAGAGCAGUUUUGCAACUUUAUUCUGAGAAUAUGAAUCAGAGUGAGAUGAUUAUGAAAGCUGCCAUGCGUGCUGGUUUUGCAGGUGGAGUGGUUGUUGAUUUUCCUCACAGUACAAAAGCAAGAAAGGCUUACCUGGUUCUCACUUGUGGGCCAUCUUCCACGCAAACAUCUCUUCCAAAGGGCAAAGGUGAAGAUGGAGAGACAUGUAGUGACGAUGAUGAGAGUGAUGAUGAUGACGAACAAACAGUUGGUAUAUAUGAUAGACAUCGACCAGCAAAAAGGUCCAAAAUAACAAAGAAAGGUAAAGGCAAGGCUUGGGUACUGAAAAAGAAGAACCAAAUGAGGAACAAAGGAUAUACAGUCCCUCCUGAUACUAAAUACACAGCCAGGAAGCGAAAGAAUCACUUCUAAAUCCUCUCAAAAGUAACUUUAAAUCUUUUCAUCAGUCUUUUUUUUUAUUUUUUAAAUGUAACUUAAUCUUUUGCUUGUUGUUUAUUUGAUGAAGCUUUCUGUUGUUUAUGGUACAUUUUUUUGAAUUUUUUUUUUCUAAGGAAAUGAAAUGUUUGUUUGGGUUGAA